GUGGAGCGUUGGCAGAUGGAUUCCAAGUACGGAUGUUUGAGUUUCAGAACUUUGAGAGAAGGUUUGAGGAGUGCAUCUCGCAGUCGGCCGUGAAAACCAAGUUUGAGCAGCACACGGUGAGGGCGAAGCAGAUCGCGGAGGACGUUCGGCUCAUCAUGGACUCAGUGCACGUCGCCGCGCAGGAGCAGCGCGUUUACUGUCUGGAAACGCGAGAGGAGCGGCAGGAGCGAGAGAGCACAGACAAAGGGUGCCUUGUUCUGCAUUUUUUCCAGGUGUCAAAUGCCAUGGCAGAAGAAAUCCGGCGGCUCGCCGUGCUGGUGGAUGAGUACCAGGCCGAUUUCCACCCGUCUCAAGUAGUUCUGAAAGUUUACAAGAGCGAGCUGCACAAACACAUCGAGGAGGGCCUGGGCCGGAACAUGUCUGAGCGCUGCUCCAACGCCAUCACCGCCUCCCUGCAGACGAUGCAGCAGGAGAUGAUCGACGGGCUCAAGCCCCUUCUCCCGGUGCCCUUGCGGGGCCAGAUCGACGCGCUGAUUCCCCGGCAGUGCUUCGCGCUCAGCUACGACCUGAACUGCGACAAGCUCUGCGCCGACUUCCAGGAGGACAUUGAGUUCCAUUUCUCCCUGGGCUGGACGAUGCUGGUGAACAGGUUUCUGGGACCAAAGAACGGGCGUCGGGCCCUGAUGGGCUACAACGACCAGGUUCAGCGCCCUCUGACCCCGGCGAACCCCAGCCUGCCCCCGCUGCCGCAGGGCGCCAUGACCCAGGAGGAGCUCAUGGUGUCGAUGGUGACCGGGCUGGCCUCCCUCACGUCCCGCACGUCCAUGGGCAUCAUCGUGGUUGGCGGUGUGGUGUGGAAGGCCGUGGGCUGGAGGCUGAUCGCGCUCUCCUUCGGCCUCUACGGGCUCCUGUACGUGUACGAGCGCCUCACCUGGACCACGAAGGCCAAGGAGCGGGCGUUCAAGCGACAGUUUGUGGAGUACGCUGGGGAGAAGCUGCAGCUCAUCGUCAGCUACACGGGCUCCAACUGCAGCCACCAGGUCCAGCAGGAGCUUGCCGGCACGUUUGCCCACCUGUGCCAGCAGGUGGAUGUCACACGGGAGAACCUGGAGCAGGAGAUUUCUGCCAUGAACAAGAAAAUCGAGGUUCUGGAUUCCCUGCAGAGCAAAGCGAAGCUGCUCAGGUGA